AUGGGAAGUCGGGCCGGCCAGCGAUCGGAGUCUUCUGCCCGCCUUUUGCCCCACACUUUCCCCUUCCCGCAGGUGUCGCAUGGCGAUUGCCUUCCUGAUCAACAACCCAACCCAACUCACACACGCCCUCGCAAGAUGCAGUUGGGUCUCUCGGAAAGCCUGUCUUCCCUGUAUCAAGUUCGCUAUUGUCCAGCUCUUGCGAAGAAACCAACAGGCGCCCCUAAGCCUGACAAGGGCCCCAGUGGACCGAAACCCGAUCCCUUCCAAGAUCCGUCUCCCGACCUUCUCCUCGCUCAGAUUCCUCGCGAGAACCCGUCGCACGUGCUGGUCUUGAACAAAUUCCCUGUAAUACCGAAUCACUUCAUUCUUGCUACAAAGGCGUGGCAAUCGCAGACAGACCUCCUCGACAAGGAAGAUCUAGAAGCCGCAUAUGCCUGUAUCAAAGCAUGGGCCGAGGGAAGUCACGCAGAGGGCCAAGGGAGCAAGAAACUCUUUGCCUUCUUCAAUUCUGGCGACGAGAGCGGUGCAAGUCAACCCCAUAGACAUUUGCAGUUUCUUCCUGUCGAGGCCAUGGCGCAGGGUGACUCCCAAAACUGGCAGCCCCUGAUUGACGCCGUGCCUUUUGCGCAUUUUGCACGUCCCUUGCCAUCAAACCCCUCCAGUGAGGCUCUCCAUCAGAUCUACCUGUCUUUGUACAGAGCGGCAGUAGCAACGGCAAAGGGAGACCUCAGUGACGCCGGCCAAGUCACUGGUCCUGCCACCAUUAGUUACAAUCUUGCUAUGACUGAGACAACCAUGAUGAUCUGCCCGAGGCGGAUUGAUUCAACAGCAUCUGUAGAUGUUGCUGAGGCGGGCGUUGUCGCACUUAACGGCACAGUCCUUGCUGGUACCCUGAUGGUCAAGGCUGAGGCCGAAUGGGACGAGUUGCGUCGGAAUCCCACUUCGCUACAUAAUGUGCUUGCAGCUAUUGGAUAUCCUCAACCAGAUUCGCGGGAAGUUUCUUUGUUGUAG